GCACGACGUUCAACUCCUGAGCCAAGGGUGUCAUGGCUGAUUCGGUGGAGACCAGUGCAGACAGUUGUGAAGGAGGCGACCAAAAGAAGAACGAGACAAGAACAUCUCCUACAGGCACAGUUACAGAAUGUCUUUGUGACAUCUUCACUGCCUUGACCCAGUUUAGCGCAGAGGUUAAUUUAGGAGCUGAUGUAUUACAAAUUGUCGCAGACCAAAGCAAGCUGCAGUUCUCUUCAGCUACUCAGCCGGCACAGCUGUACAAUUCCAUUCAGCGUCACAUUUCCAAAUUACAGUUGGUGUCCAAAAAACUCCAGCGGCUAAUGUGUAAGAUGUCAACUGAAAGCAAAAUAGCAGCAGAAGGUACAGCCGGUAAAUCAGAAGUCAAUGGACGCAGUGCAAGUGACAUCUCAUCAGGAGGCAGUGGGAAUAAGGAGCCAGAGGAGUCCAAGGGUCAUGUGGACAACAGCGUAGUGCAGAUCAAAGCUGGCAAGGCAGAAAUUGAUAGGCGAAUAUCUGCAUUUAUUGAACGCAAGCAAGCGGAGAUCAAUGAAAACAAUGUGCGAGAAUUCUGCAACGUGAUUGACUGUAAUCAAGAAAACAGUUGUGCCAGAACUGACGCUGUAUUUACGCCAUACCCAGGAUUCAAAAGCCAUGUUAAAGUGACGAGGGUUGUGAAUACCUACGGGCCGCAGACCAGGCCUGGAUCAACUGGGGAUGCUGCUGAUGGACCGCGCCGUGUUCUCACAGACUGUGGAAACCCUGCCGUGGAGGAGAGGCUACAGAACAUAGAGGCUCACCUCAAGCUACUACCAGGUGGACCAGUCCCUUUAAGUAUUUAUCAAAGACUGAAGAGGCUGGAAGACAGAGUUCUGGAGCUGGAGGGGCUUUCUCCUGAGUAUUUUCAAUCCUUGGGCUAUCUACAUAAAAGGCAGAAGGUGUCAGCACCUCAGCCCUACAGCCUGAUGGAGCUGGAUGGGAAGAUUAAUGCGCUCAAGGCAACGCUAUUGAAGAAAGUAAAUGAGUCUCUGCCGAUGGAGACUGACGAGUUCUCCUUGUGAAGCCAUUUCCAAUUCACAGGCUGUAACCUUCGCGGCUUGACUCCUCCACUCGAACAAAAUAACUUGAGAAAAAAAACGAACAGACUGUAAUAAUGAAUGUGAUUUUUUUCCUCUCUCCCUCUCUCUCUUUUCAAUCUGUGCUGUCGCAUAUGUAUUCUGUUCUGUUAAAGGAAAGUUCUCUAUAUUGAUACACAUUCAAGAACAGUUAUAAUAAAAUGCUGGAAUGGCUGCCUGAGGUGAGAACAAUGACUAGGACCCUGGAGAACAAAAAAAGGUGGUUUAGGCAGCUCUUCUAGCUAGAAAGUUCA